AUGAACACCGAUGCUACUCUACGCCAAAUCUUCGACUCGCAGCCCUUCUGGAAGGACUUUUCUGCUAGACAGACCCAUUCCUCAAGGAAAUCUCUAGGUCUCUUUCAGAACCGCUACCUCACCAAACCCGAAGGCUUCGAGCAUUUUGCUUCCAUCACACUAGCAAAAUGCAAGCGCAUAGUCACGAAGGUCCUGGCAUACAGCAGCGUCGAACAGUAUAAGAGCAUUGCAAAAGACUUGGACCGUUUGAGCGACUUGCUAUGUCGAGUCAUUGAUCUCUGCGACUUUGUUCGCUCCACACACCCGGAUCGCAACAUACAAAUUGCUGCCACUCAGGCAUAUGCCCAAAUGUUUGAGUACAUGAAUGUGUUGAACACAACUACUGGCUUGAACGACCAAUUAAAAGCUGCUCUUGCCAUCCCUGAGGUUACCACAUCAUGGAGCGAGGAGGAAUUGACUGUCGCCAACAUUCUGGCCAGAGACUUUGCAAAGUCGGCUAUUGACCUCUCGGAUACCGAUCGUCAGGCCUUUGUCGAACUUUCCAAUGAGAUUGCUGAGAUUGGCCCCGAGUUUGUUGAUCAAAUGGUACCAGAGACGUCGCUUCUUAAGCUUCCUAGCAGCAAGUUGAAGGGCAUGGAUCCUCUGGUUGUGCGGCAGUUGACCAGAUGGGGCAGUGUCUCGCUGCCUACAAUUGGCAUGCCCGCUUCUCUAGCUCUACGUACUGUAGAAGAUGCAGACACCAGACGAGAGAUUUACAUGGCCAACCGCACAUCAGCCAGAGCAAACAUUGAACGUCUAGAACAUUUGCUGCAUAGACGUGCUGAGCUUGCUCGUCUUUCUGGGCAUGAUUCUUUUGCACAUAUGGCUUUGUCUGAUAAGAUGGCAAAGAGCCCUGAAGCCGUGGUCAAGUUCUUGGACGCGCUGGCCGCCGACAAUGCUCCACGUGUGCAAUCAGAGGUGCAAGAAUUGCUGGAGAUGAAGAACUCGGAUGCUCGUAGUGAUAAUUUCCCAGGUGAGCUCAAUGCUUGGGACAGAGAUUACUAUCAACAGCGCCUCUUGUCUUCGAUGAGAUCAAAGACUCGCACUCCGGAUGUGCUUUCAGCCUACUUCUCCCUCGGCACCGUCAUGCAAGGAUUAUCACGCCUCUUCCACCGCCUUUAUGGCAUCCGCCUAGUGCCAAAGGAAGCUGCUCCUGGCGAAACCUGGAACAACGACGUGCGCCGACUGGAUGUGAUAGACGACCGCGAAGGCCACGUCGCAGUAAUAUACUGUGAUCUCUUCGAGCGAGCUGGAAAGUCUCCCAAUCCAGCCCAUUUUACCCUGCGCUGCAGCCGCCGCAUCCUCCCCGACGAACUCGAAGAAGCAGCAGCUCUACGAAAUGCAACGGGUGAUCUCUUCUCCACCGCCGAAGAAGCCGCCACCGAUGGCUUGUCAACAAACAAAUCCCACCGCGACAACAACGAAUUGUAUCAAUUACCCACCAUCGCCCUAAUCUGCGACUUCGCCAUCCCACAAGGCGGAGCCACUAAACGGCCUGCCCUCCUCACCUUCCGCGAAGUCCAAACACUGUUUCAUGAAAUGGGACAUGCAUUACACUCCAUCUGCGGACGCACCGCACUCCAAAAUGUGAGCGGAACACGCUGCGCCACCGAUUUCGCAGAACUGCCUUCGGUGUUAAUGGAGCACUUUGCCUCUGCCCCCGAAGUACUUGCUCUGUAUGCUCGGCACUGGGAAACCGAUGCUCCACUCGAUGCGACCAGAGUUGCCGAGAGAGUAAAUCUAGACACGCAUUCCCAAGGCACAGAAACUGAAGCGCAGAUCUUGUUGGCAAUGCUGGAUCAAACCUAUCAUUCUAAAUUGCCGUUGCGUGAAGGCUUUGACUCGACAAGAACGUAUCACGAUGUCUGGCAUAAAUACUCUUCGUUGCCUGAACCAGUAGGCACAUCUUGGCAAGGCUUCUUUGGGCAUUUGUUCGGUUAUGGAGCUACUUAUUACUCGUAUCUAUUUGAUCGCGCUAUUGCGGGCAAGAUAUGGAAAGAUGUGUUCAAGAGGAGUGCAGCGGGGGCUGUGGAUCCAGAGGCUGGAGCGAGGUUUAGGGACGAGGUGUUGAGGCAUGGUGGUGGUAGGGAUGGGUGGCAUUGUGUUGCUGGUGUGCUUGGGGAUAAAGAAGGAAGACUUGCUGAAGGUGGUGAAGAGGCUAUGGGGAUGGUUGGACAGUGGGGUGUUAAGGAUUAG